ACAGAAUUACUAACGCUAGCUACACAGCAAAGGCUACACGCUGUUCGACUUUCUCAGAGAAAUGUGACUUUUUUUUAUCAUCUCUUGGCUAAGCUGUGAAUUGUAUUGAGGCAGUAGGCUACACUGCAAAUUCAAAUUAUGGCUCCCAAAAAGAUGCCGCCGAAGAAGGGAGAAGCACCAAAAGAACCGGCACUGAUCGGACGCUUCGGGACCUCAUUGAAAAUCGGCAUCGUGGGACUGCCUAAUGUGGGGAAAUCCACGUUCUUUAACGUCCUGACCAAGAGCCAGGCGGCCGCGGAGAACUUCCCCUUCUGCACCAUCGACCCCAACGAGAGCAGGGUGCCCAUUCCGGACGACCGCUACGACUACCUGUGCAAGUUCCACAAGCCUCUCAGUAAGGUGCCCGCGUUCCUGAGUGUGGUGGACAUCGCUGGCCUGGUGAAGGGGGCGCACGCUGGGCAGGGCCUGGGCAACGCCUUCCUCUCGCACAUCAGCGCCUGCGACGGCCUCUUCCACAUGAGCCGUGCGUUUGAGGACGAGGACAUCAUUCAUGUGGAGGGCAGCGUGGACCCAGUGAGAGACAUGGAGAUCAUCCACGAGGAGCUGCGAUUGAAGGACCAGGAGGCGAUGGACCCCAUCCUCGACAAGCUGGAGAAGAUGGCCGUCAGAGGAGGAGACAAGAAGCUCAAGCCGGAAUACGACAUCAUGCUUAAAGUUAAAGCUUGGGUGGUUGAUGAGAAGAAGCAUGUGCGUUUCUAUCCCGAGUGGAAUGAGAAAGAGAUUGAUGUGCUGAAUAAGUACCUGUUCCUGACGUCCAAGCCCAUGAUCUACCUGGUGAACCUCUCGGAGAAAGACUACAUUAGGAAGAAGAACAAAUGGCUGGUGAAGAUAAAGGAGUGGAUCGACCUCCAUGACCCCCACGCUCUGGUCAUCCCCGUGUGCGGCGGUCUGGAGGCCAAGCUGCAGGACAUGGAGGAGGAGGAGAUGAAGAAGUACUGUGAAGAGCACAAGACACAGAGUGUACUCACAAAGAUCAUUAAGAGCGGAUAUGCAGGUCUGCAGCUGGAGUACUUCUUUACCGCAGGACCAGAUGAAGUGCGUGCGUGGACCAUCAGGAAAGGAACCAAGGCUCCUCAGGCUGCUGGGAAGAUCCACACAGACUUCGAGAAGGGCUUCAUCAUGGCCGAGGUCAUGAAGUUUAAUGACUUCAAAGAGGAAGGGACCGAAGUUGCAGUCAAGUCUGCUGGCAAGUACAGACAACUGGGUCGGAACUACACAGUGGAGGACGGUGACAUCAUCUUCUUCAAAUUCAACACGCCGAACGCGCCCAAGAAGAAGUGAUGAGAUGUUUUGGGCAGAGUGGACUGUACCAUUGGGUGAAAUGAGAGGGGGCUUAUUUUAGACGGCAAUCCUCUGAGCUUUUUCUUUUUGGUAUUGAGUUUUCCCCCCUUCAACGAUGUGGCGUUCAGGCCUCCCCCGCCACCCCAUCCAUCCACGUGCUCUGUCCCAAGCUUACACACACAUCCACAGACAGCUCUAUGAAUUGCUGGGGUGUGUGUGUGUGUGUGUGUGUGUGUGUGUGUGUGUGUGUGUGCCGGCCAUCUCUGAAUGUGCGUAGCGUCUGAUUCAGCUACACCUGGAGAACAGAACUCCUGGGCACGCAUCUCUGUUCCCCACUCACACAAACUGCAUGUGGCACAGCAAGCCAACAUCUACUCUCAAUAAAACACCUGAAGAAACA